GAAAAUAUGGCGGAUGGCAAGGAGAGUGUGCAAAAUUUAUUUCCAAAUCUUUCCACUUUAAAAUGGCUUGUUAUCAUUAUUAUCUUGUUAAUACUUGCCAAGAAGUUUGCAACGACAAGACGGCGUCGUUUUAAGAAAAAACUGAGCGGUAGAGUGGUAAUAAUUACGGGAUCAAAUAGCGGCAUUGGCUUUGCAACAGCCGCCGAUUUUGCUAAAAGAAAUGCUAAGGUUAUAUUGGCAUGUCGGGAUAAAGUAAAAGGACAAAGAGCUGCGAGUAGGAUACAGAAAAUAUCUAAGAAUACCAAUGUAGUUUUUAAGCAGUUAGAUCUGGCAUCGUUGGCCUCAGUAAGACAGUUUUGUCGAACGAUUUUGACUAGUGAAUCGAGGUUGGAUAUCUUAAUAAAUAAUGCAGGUUUAAUGGCUUGUCCUCUAGAGAGGACUGAGGACGGUUUUGAAAUGCAAUUUGGUGUAAACUAUUUAGGCCAUUUCCUUCUUAGUAAUCUCUUGGUAAACCUUGUGAAGAAAUCUCAGGGAAAAAUAAUUAAUGUAACAUCAUACAUGUACAAAUUGGGUCGGAUUAAUUUGGAUGAUUUAAAUAGUGUACAAACUUAUACUCCUUGGAAGGCUUACUAUCAAAGCAAGUUAGCAGUUGUGUUAAUCACUAAGGAACUAAGCAGACGAUUGGCUGAUUCAAAAGUAACGGUGAACGCAGUACACCCUGGGAUGGUUGCGACGAACCUCUAUCGGCAUACUAUAUUCAAGUUGCCGGGCUUGUGGUACGUAUUGUCGCCGAUUACAUGGCUCAUGUGGAAAUCUGUGGAUGACGCCGCAUCGUCAAUCGUCCACCUUGCCGUGUCGGACAGCAUUGAAGAUGUGACUGGGGAGUAUUUUUCAAAUUACAAAGUGCAACAACUUGAAUCACAUGCACUUGACGAGGGCGUGGCAAAAAAGUUGUGGGACACUAGUAUAGAUUUAGUUAGUCUGAAAAACCCUCAAAUUUAAUUCAUAUAUAUGGACUUAUUUAUCAGUAAAAAUGAUAACUAUUUAUUAAAUAUGUUGUAAUUUAUUUAGGCAAGUUGAGCAAGCAAUAGUAUG